AUGUUGGUUAAACUAAGUUUGUUAACUAGUUUAUUAUCAUUUUCCUUGGCCCUUCCAUCCAUUAAAGUUGAAGGUAAUGCUUUUUGGAAUGAAGAAAGUGGUGAAAGAUUUUAUAUUAGAGGAGUUGAUUACCAAAUUGGUGGUUCAUCAGAUUUAACUGAUCCUUUAGCUGAUUCAGAUACUUGUGAAAGAGAUAUUAAAUAUUUUCAAGAGCUUGGAAUCAAUACUGUUAGAGUUUAUUCAGUUGAUAAUACCAAAGAUCAUGAUGAUUGUAUGGAUUUAUUGGCUGAUGCUGGAAUAUAUGUUAUUUUAGAUGUUAAUACACCUCAUUCAUCAAUUACAAGAUCCAAUGCUGAUUGUUCUUAUAAUAGUGAUUAUUUACAAGAAAUUUUUGCAACUGUUCAAGCUUUUGCAAAAUAUAAUAAUACACUUGGUUUCUUUGCUGGUAAUGAAGUUAUAAAUGAUGGUCCAUCAUUAGAAGCAGCACCAUAUGUUAAAGCUGUUGUUAGAGAUUUGAAAACAUUUAUCAAAAAUAGAAAUUUUAGAUCAAUUCCAGUUGGUUAUUCAGCUGCUUCAGUUGUUGAAUAUAGAUUAGCUUCUGGUUUAUACUUUAAUUGUGGUGAUGAUGAUUUAGCAAGAAUUGAUAUGUAUGGUAUUAAUGAUUAUUCAUGGUGUGGUGAAGCUUCUAUGACUACUUCUCAAUAUAGUCAAGAAAUGAAAGAUUUUGCUAAUUUUACCGUUCCAAUCUUUUUUUCAGAAUUUGGUUGUAAUGCUGCUAAACCAAGACCAUUUAGUGAAAUUGAAGUUAUAUACUCAGAUGAAAUGAGUUCUGUUUUUAGUGGUGGUCUUGUUUAUGAAUUUUCAGAAGAAUCAAACAAUUAUGGUUUAGUAGAAAUUGAUGGUGAUUCAGUUUCUCCAAAAGAUGAUUUUGAUAAUUUGAAAAAAGAAUUUAAUAAAACUUCAAAUCCAAGUGGUGAUGGUGGUUAUUUGAGCACUGGUGGUGCUAAUAAUUGUCCAUCACAAUCAAAUGAUUGGAAUGUUACUAAUGAUAUUCCAGAUACUCCAAAUGGAGCAUUGAAAUAUUUAAAAGGUGUUGCAGAACCAAGUGGUAAUGGUUUUAACGCUUAUGUCCAAGGUAAUUGUAAUAGUGAAGAUAAUGAUAAUGAUGAUUCAGGUAAUUUAACAAGCACUAUUGGUGCAGAUGUCCAUACACCAUCAUCAAGACAAUCAUCUGCUACAUCAAGUUCAUUAAGUUCAACAACUUCAACCAGUUCAAAACAAAAUGAUGCUGCUAUUGCAUCAUCAGGUAUCGUUGGUAUUUUAGCUUUAGCUGCUGGAUUUGCUUUGAUUUAG